AUGGUUGGUGAUCAACAACGAUACUACAUUGGGAUUAUAGCAAUUUUCAUAGACCAACAGGAAAAAAGUGAAGCGAAAGGAGGACACAUGUGCAGGAACUAACUAGCUUCUACGGAUUGACUGGAGGAUUGAAGGAAGAGGGGAGAGAAAGCAGGCAGAACGGAUAAACUAAACACAAUUUGAGGAGAUCAAUUUGAACAAGUGAAUAGACUUUGUCACUGUCUGACUGCUGCCAGGCCCCAGACCUGCCAGACCAGCGCUGUUGGUGCACACCAACACUGAGUAAUUUUCUCAGCGUCAGCCAGUUGACCGGUGAAGUCAGCACCGUAGGGAAGAUUGGCGAUGAUCCGCUUUCGGCUUUGCCAGAAGUGUCAGGGCCAUCGCCGUUAGAGCUCAUUGUGUUUGCAGUGGCACAGAGAGUGAGAGAGAGUGGGCAGUGUGUAGUAAUCUAAGGAUGACACCCGCACUUUACUCCAUCAGAUAGUGCUCAGUGAGGUGUGUGGUGCGGCUCGUCACGCUUUGUGUCUGCACUGCAAACACACAUACUUACACAUACAAACACGCGAGAGCUACACACUCCCAGAGACUGACGAUGCAUUAGGUCCUGACAAUCAGCGGAACUCUGUCCGGGCUUUAAACACAGCAGGCUUUCAGAUCAGUGUGUAUGAGUGAGUGUGUAUCUGGUGGGCACCCAGGCACUGACUGCACCCAGUGGAGCAUGUUGGAAAGGAAGACUUAGGCAGGUCGAUACUGCACGAUUAUACUGUCUUGAUAGCCUGUGAUUAUUCUGAGGAGUCUAAAAUUACCACGUAAAAUCACUGUCCAUUUACGCUACAGUGUAUACAUGAUAGCGUAUCAAAAGAGUUCUAGCAUUCAAGCGAAUAAUAGAUACCUUGUGAGAAUAAUGUGCAAGUCUCUUGGGUAAAAUAGUAGACCAAAAACUGUAAUAUCUGAAACUAAAGCGUCUGGCUGCAGUUUGCUCAGUCUCCUGCAAGUUGGUUAUUCUACACAGGGCAAGCACUUCCACUCUCUGUCUUUAUAGAGCGGCACUCAAGCUCAAUGGAUUUUAUUUAACCUUAGCUAUCUCCAGAUGAGUUGCAAGAUAGUGUCUCCAUCUCCCCAGAGGCCUGGUCGGUUCGGUUAUAGCUCAAAGGAACAUUGACUUCUGUCUGCUGAUUUGUCGGGUGAGAAGUGCAGGAAACCUUGUUUGACUCAUUAAAAUACAAUCUGUUCAUGAGCAUUGUUGCCCUAGAUUUCGCUGUCCUCGAGGGCAUGGAAAUGUAGGUAGCUCUAUUUCAAAAGUUUGCAUUCAGUCAACAUCAGUAGAGAUAAACUUAACUUGCUUUGGAAGACAGUCUCUCUGCCUGUAUCUGAAUGAAAUAUAGUUUUAUUGAUGUUUUCUGUUCCUUGGAGCAGUGCGGUUUGACCUGCAAGAGACAAGCAGUCUGUUGUUGUGGUUAAUUGUGUGGCUGAUUGUUAAGGCGCCUGGUGCUCAGAACUAGCUUAGCUCUGAGUUUGACAGUGCAGUGUACAGUCGAUGAGGUGCUAAUUAAGUUGUCCCUUGUUUGGUUAAUUGCAUAGCUGCCAUUAGGAAAUACUCUUACUGGUAAAGAACACAGUAUUGCAGGUUUGCUUUGGUCACUUUUGGUAUUGGUUUUUCUGGUUUAUUGAUCUGAGAGUCUUGGGCUUUGGUCUCAUGAGGCUCAGAGCACUGUAGCAGAAAAUAGCUAGCCUAGAAGUGUUUGCUUUGUUGUUGGUUUGCUUAGAUGGGACUGAGCUCCUGUACUGCUUUGUAGCAGCAAAGCUUCUGUACUGUAUGGAUUUAAGACGCAUGUCGUAAGUUCUUUCUAAGCAACACAAGGUGCUAAAGUCAACAGUGGAACUUUUUGUUGCCCUAAGCUCAUCUCUGUGUGCAUUGUGAUAUUGUGUAUAAAUCGCUAGCUCUGUUAGCGCCCUGAGCUCUGGCCAAACUUCUGUGUAUUGCGUGCAAGCCCGGGACACAAUUCAGUUCUAUGUGACUUAGCAAUUAAGCAGUUUCUUUGCAUGUGUUGUGAUACAGUGUAGCACAUAAGAGUCCUUUCUUUAAAUGUUGUCCUCAAACAACAACUUCUGUCUGAUUGCACUGAAGUAAAGCUGGGGAGUUAGUGUGUGCACGUGUCUGCAGCAUUGCAGUUGUGUGAGUGUGAGUGUGUGUGUGUGUGUGUGUGCACUAGUUUGUCUGUAGCAGUGCAGACAGGGUCACAGAGGAGCCAUUGAUCAAACGUACACAUCCACACGCACACACAUUCACACAUAUACACACACAGCUCCUCAAUACACAAUGAGGCCUGUUCGGAGCUCUGUCCUCUGCCGCCUCCUCCCUGCCCCCUUCUCUCUGGUCCUGCGCAGCCUGGUCCUGGUCCUGCUCUGUAUCACUCCCCAUUGUCAGGCGGUGCAGGCGGAAAAUGUGACAGUCUUGGAGGGAGGUACAGCCCAGAUCUCCUGCCGCCUGCAGAACUACGAUGGAUCAAUCGUGGUCAUCCAGAAUCCCCGCCGACAGACCCUCUUUUUCAAUGGCACGCGAGCUCUGAAGGACGACCGUUUCCAGAUGGUGCUCUUCACGCCACGGCUGGUGCGCAUCACGUUGACCAACGUCAGCGUGUCGGAUGAGGGCGGCUACUUCUGCCAGCUCUACACGGACGCCACGCACCACCAGGUGGCGACGCUGUCUGUUUCGGUGCCCCCGGAGACGCCCACGGUGGAGGUGAAGCAGGAGGCCGUCGAGGGCGGCGAGGUGGAGCUCACCUGUGUGUCGCCGCGCAGCAAGCCGGCCGCAACCCUGCGCUGGAUCCGCAAUGGUCGGGAGAUACCAGGUGUGGUAUCCCAGCAGGACAAUGGGAAGACUUUCAGUGUGUCCAGCACCAUCCGGAUCCCGGUAGAAAGAAAAGACAAUGGGGCGGCGCUGAGCUGCGAGGCCUUCCACCCUGCACUGAGUGGGCAGAAGAGGAUUCGACACUACCGCCUGGAUGUGUAUUUUGCACCCACAGUGAGAAUUGUUCCUCCUUCUGGAAUUUUGCGAGAGGGCGACUCACUCAGCCUCACCUGCUCCGUCAGUGGGAACCCUCUGCCCAGGAGUAUUAUGUGGUCCAAGAUUAAUGACACCUUACCUGAGAGGGCAGAGAUUUCUGGCCCUACCUUUCAGAUUUCCCGCCUCAGCCAAUCACACAACGGGACGUACUUGUGCCAGGCCCAGAACAACUAUGGACGUGCUGCCGAUCAUUACACCUUAUUGGUGUAUGAUCCUGGUGCAGUGGUAGAGACUCACAGUGCAGUACCAUAUGCGGUGAUAGGUGGCGUUCUGGCACUGCUGGUUUUCACCGUAAUCUGUGUCCUCAUUGUCACCAUCUGGUGCUCCGUCCGACAGAAAGGCUCGUACCGUACCCGAGAGCCUAUUCUUGCUUGGUAUUGACCUAACAAUCAGUUAACUAAUGAAUUAAUCAGUCACAGGUUCCUAUCUUACCCAUGAGGCCAGUGGGUUGGAUGAACAUGGUGAGGUGCAGGAGGCCUUCCUCAAUGGGAACGACGCCAGCCAGGGCAAGAAGGAGUACCUACUGUAGCC